UCAGAACUUUUAUUCUUUGUUUUGUAAUAAACACAAUUGUUACUGAACUUUACUUGAACUAGGGUUUAUCGUAAAUAAUUUUUCUAUUUCUUGGAUUUAUUAUUGUUGUUGUUGUUGAAAACACAAUUAUUAUUGAGCUUUAUUUGAGCACAGGGUCUAUUGUAAACAACCUCUGUAUAUAGUUAGGGUAGGGCGCGAAGAUGAGUAUUCUAUCAGAAGAAGAGCUCUCAAGACUUUACAGAGUUCGUAAGACAGUUUUGGAAAUGUUGAAUGAUAGGGGCUAUCUUGUUGGAGAAUUUGAAAUAAAAAUGUCAAAACAAGAGUUCCUUCAGAAGUACGGUGAAAACAUGAAGAGAGAAGACCUUGUAAUUCUCAAAGCCAAAUGCAACAACGAUUCUGAGCAGAUGUAUGUGUUCUUUCCUAAGGGGGCAAAGUUUGGUGUUGAGGAAAUGAGACCUUAUACUGAACGCAUGAUUAAAGAAAAGGUCUUCCAAGCAAUUUUUGUUAUACAACAAAUUUUGACUUCCUGUGCUCGUAGCUUGAUAAGUGAAGUAUCUACAAACUUACACUUGGAGAUCUUCCAGGAAAUAGAGUUGUUGGUUAAUGUUAAAGAUCAUGUUCUAGUUCCUGUGCACCAUCCACUUACUCCUGAAGAAAAGAAAAGUUUGUUGGAACAAUAUACUGUGAAAGAAUCACAGCUUCCUCGAAUUCAGAUCACCGAUCCAAUUGCUAGAUAUUAUGGGCUAAAACGUGGUCAAAUUGUGAAAAUUAUCAGACCAAGUGAGACUGCAGGCCAUUAUGUGACUUACCGAUGUGUGGCUUGAACUAGUUUUGAUGUUUACACAGUUUAUAUAUAAGUAGUGACCAGAAAACUCGAGUACUAAAGUUGUUUUUUAGUAGUAUUUACUUUCUUUUUUUGUUUUGCGCGUACCUUGACUAUUUCACUUAAAUACAUAUCGAACUAGUUUUGAUGUUUA